AUGGCAGGCAUUUUUGAACAGUCGCGGAACUCCGGGACCCUCUUCCUAGGAGGAACGAAAUUGAGCGGCUCCGAUAUUCGCGACCAGAACGUUCUUGCAACGCAAGCUAUCGCCAAUGUUGUGAAAAGCUCGUUUGGCCCCUCUGGCCUGGACAAGAUGAUGGUGGAUGAUAUAGGGGACGUCACAGUUACAAAUGACGGAGCAACAAUCUUGGCCUUGCUUGAUGUUGAACACCCGGCUGGGAAGAUUCUGGUGGAUUUGGCACAGCAGCAGGAUAAGGAGGUUGGAGAUGGCACGACUUCAGUUGUUUUGAUUGCUGCAGAACUCCUUCGACGUGGAAACGAAUUGAUGAAGAACAGAAUACACCCCACCACCAUCAUAACAGGGUACAGACUAGCCCUCCGUGAGGCCGUGAAGUACAUGAACGAGAACAUCAACAUCAAAGUCGAUAACCUAGAGAAGGAUAGUUUGUUAAGCAUUGCCAGAACGUCCAUGUCUAGUAAGAUUAUCGGAUCGGAUAUGGAUUUCUUCGCCAAGAUGGUUGUCGAUGCUAUGCUCUCUGUCAAAUCCACGACCCCGAAAGGAGAGGUCAAAUACCCCGUCAAGGCAGUUAACCUACUCAAAGCACAUGGAAAAAGUAGCUUGGAAUCCGUAUUGGUCAACGGCUAUGCGUUGAAUUGUACCAUCGCCUCCCAGGCCAUGCCAACCAGGAUAACGGACGCGAAAAUCGCCUGUCUCGAUAUGAACUUCCAGAAAGAGCGAAUGAAACUCGGUGUUCACAUUACCGUUGAAGACCCAACGCAACUUGAGAAGAUUCGUGAGCGAGAGGCUGGCAUCGUUAUUGACAGGAUAGAGAUGAUUCUCAAGUCUGGUGCCAACGUCAUUCUCACCACCAAGGGAAUUGAUGACAUGUGCUUGAAGAUGUUCGUAGAAAAGGGUGCUAUGGCUGUUCGACGAUGCAAGAAGGAAGAUUUGCGACGAAUUGCCAAGGCUACUGGAGCUACGCUCCUCAGCACUCUCUCUGAUCUCAAUGGAGAUGAGAAAUUUGACGCCUCGAACCUGGGUCAUGCAGAAGAGGUUGUCCAAGAGAGAAUAUCUGAUGAUGAAUGUAUCUUGGUGAAGGGAACCAAAGUCUUCAGCUCUGCGUCAAUCAUCCUACGUGGAUCAAAUGACUUCCAGCUCGACGAGAUGGAAAGAUCCGUACACGACUCCCUGUGUGCCGUCAAGAGAACACUCGAGAGUGGUUCCAUUGUCCCAGGUGGUGGUGCUGUGGAAACUGCCCUUCACAUCUACCUUGAGGAGUUUGCAAGCACAGUGAGCUCCCGAGAGCAACUUGCGAUUGGCGAAUUUGCCCAAUCCCUCCUCAUUAUUCCCAAAACCCUCGCCGUGAACGCUGCCAAAGACGCCUCUGAACUCGUAGCCCAACUACGCUCUCGUCACGCCCACGCCCUCCGCGUCCAAGAGGGCGUCGCCAACGAAGCUGACAAGGCUAUCGCCAAGCAAAAGAACUAUAGAAACUAUGGACUCGAGCUUAUCAAGGGCAGAGUAACGGAUUCCGUCAAGGCUGGUGUUUUGGAGCCGAGCAUGAGCAAGGUGAAGCAGCUCAAGAGUGCCGUCGAAGCCUGUAUCGCUAUCAUGAGAAUUGAUACCAUGAUCAAGUUGGAUCCUGAGAAGCGCGAGGACGACGGACAUGGUCACUAG